CAUAUCAAAAUAAACUUUAAACUGAAUUUGUUUUUUCUCAAUUUCACAAAUCUUAGGUUUGUCAACUCAUCAUUUCCAAAAUUCUGAACGGAAGGAUUGACUAUUUCAUUCAGUCCUUCUAUGAUGUACUCUAAACGUCAUAUACCGACUGAAAUAUAUGCCUUUACUUCGCAAACUUUCAAAAAAAGAUAAUUGAGUAGAGACACUGAGUGAGAGAGACAGAGAAUGCAGUGGUACUGUUGUCCAUAUUUGUCAUAUGUUAAUAGUGAAUGUAAUUCGUACCUGAUUACUUUUUAAAUUUUAAACCUGACCUAUAAGAAUGUAAUCUAAUCAUCAAAGCUUCACAUUUGCUACCGAGUCGUAGGUGAAAACCAAACAAUGACGACUCCACAUGUUGAAGGUUAUGUUAUUGUUGAGAAAAUAGGAGCUGGCAGUUAUUCUAAUGUCUACAAAGCCUACAAGAAGGAUGGUUGUCGUGAAGCAGUUGCCAUUAAAGUUGUAGAAAAGAAAAGACUUUCCAAGUCAGCUGAGGACAAUAUUGUUACUGAAAUUUCUCUACUCAAGAAGCUUAAACAUCCGCACAUUGUCAAUAUGAAAGAUUUUUUGUAUGAUGGCAGGUGCAUUUACAUAAUCAUGGAGUGGUGUGGUGGUGGAGAUUUGUCUGGCUUCAUCAAAAAGCGAAGAUGCCUCCCUGAACCAGUUUGUCGAAGGUUUUUGCAGCAACUCUCUGCUGCUUUAAAGUAUUUACGCUCUCACAAUGUUUGUCAUAUGGAUCUAAAGCCAUCAAAUUUAUUGCUAGGACAACAGCAAGUUCUGAAAAUAGGAGACUUUGGUUUUGCCCAGUACUUAUCUGAUGAAGACAAACACAAUUCCAUUCGUGGUUCCCCUCUUUACAUGGCUCCAGAAAUGCUCCUGGCUCGGAAAUAUGAUGCUAGAGUUGAUCUCUGGUCUGUUGGUGUAAUAAUGUAUGAGUGCUUGUUUGGUAAAGCACCAUACUCAUCAAAUUCAUUUCAAGAGUUAAGUGACAAGAUUCGCCAAAAAGCACCUAUUGAUAUUCCUAAAUGUGCGUCUGUUUCGUCACAGUGUAGAGAUUUGUUGACAAGGUUACUGAAACAUGAUCCUGAACAGAGAAUUGACUUUGAAACAUUUUUUAAACAUAAUUAUUUAGACUUGGAACAUUUUCCUUGUGAAGAAUCACUUCAAAAGGCUGUUAAUCUUGUAACCAGGGCUGUGAAACUUGAUGCUGAACAUAAGGAAAGAGAAGCUUUUAACCUGUAUUGUGAAGCAUUGUUGUAUUUUGUUCCUUUACUCAAUGCUGAAAUGGACCAAACCAAGAAAGCUGCUCUCCGAGCUAAAGUUGAUGAGUACAUUAAACGAGCUGAAGAAUUGAAAGAUCCCGCUUCUGCUGCUCGGUCAUCUACAAAUGACUCUUCCUUUAGCCAACUCUUGAAAAUGUGCACCACAUCAGAAAAAUUGUGCACAGCUUUAGAAAUUGGUCAUACUGGAGAGAUGUAUAUGACUGAAGGCCAAUACAAUCUUGCACUUGGAAAAUUUGAAUCUUGUUUAGCUACUCUAAUGCCUCUAUUAGCUCAAGAACCACGAGGACCACGCAGAGAAUUGCUACAUAAACAAGUCCAACACUGGCUUUUAUUGGCAGAAAGUUCAAAAUCCUUGGCCUCUCUACCCACAAUCAAGGAAAGGAGUACUAUUUCUGCUGCUUCAGCUAAAGGUAAAAAGCUUGUACGAUCCCGUUAAAAAAAAAAAAAAUGUUUUGGCCAAUUUUUUUUCCUUUGUAGUUAAACAUAGAUUUCUCAAGAUAUUUCACAAAUCUAAAAAAAAAUAAAAAAAUCUAGAAGUGUGUUUAUAUUUUUGUAUCUAUAAACAACCUGAAUAUUCUAAUUAAUAUUUGCUGAGAAAUUAGAGAAGCUGUAGGGUAUGAUAGUGGGUUGAAAUACAUCAGCCUCGUAGGUAUAGUGAGCUGUGACUGAAGCGUUGUAACUGUUUUUGAAUUCUGUGAUAAAGUUUCCGCUGGGGUUAUUUUUUAAUUUUUUUUUGCCCUUCAUGCGAUUUUGACUGAAUAAUUUCUGUUUUGGAAACAUACCGAAUGGGGAUAUGUCAAUUUAUCUGUUUCUCAUUAGUUGUAAAUUAGUCCCCCAAUGUGCCUUAUGGUCAGGAUAUUCAUUUGUCCACUUCUGAUCUGGAAAUCUUAGUUGUGAUGCCAUUUUACGUCAAGAUGGAGCUUUUCCUGGUAUUAAACUCUAUCUUGGGAAUGCAUCAAUGAUAAGUCUAUUGUUAAGAAAAUAGAAUUACCUACAAUUGCUUUUACUCUGUGUUUUGUUAAGGAGUUAGUGUGUAGAGCGUACUUUGUUAUUCGUACUGUCACUGCUAAUGUCACUGCCAAUGUCACUUCAAUAUACUUAACUAUUAAUAAAAUGUAAUCUUCACAUUUGUUUUGGAGAAGAAAAGAAUUUAAGAAUUA